AACCAGAUUGUAUUGCAUUGAUUACAUUUAUAUUUAUUUAUAUUAUCAUACACAUGCUACGGAUUUUAAUUUUGCAGACUGUUUUUCUCAAUUGAGUACAAUUUUAGCAACAUAACGUACACAUUUGUUCAUAUAACUUAUUUGAAGGCAUUUUUGUUACAAAAGAAUGAGUGACUAAUAUUUAGUUAAUUACUGUUUCAGAAAGUCAUCAUUUGUCAUUUACACAUUUUCUUCUUCUAUUCCAGCUUCUUGUAAAUGUUGGUUAAUAGCACAGCGGGCAGAACUUUGUACAGCUAUGAAGAAUUAUCAAAAAGCCCUUCAUGAUGCAGAAAUACUGUGUCAAAAUAAACCCCAUUGGCCUAAGAGUCAUUAUGUCAAAGCACAAGCUCUUUCUGGAUUAGGAAGGAUUGAAGAAGCAUUGAAGGAAUUUCUUUAUUGUGUUGCCUUAAAUCCUGAGUGGAAUUCAAUGAAGAUGGAAGCCCAAAAGAUAAUGUGUGAGAUGUUUUUUCCAGCAUUUGAAAAUAUUCCUGAUAGUUUAACAACACCUUUUUGUAAUCGGACCUCUUAUACAAGAUUGAAACCUGCAUUUCUAAGUAGCAUAAAUACACAGUCUUCUAGUGAAGAUGGGUCAACAGCAGAGAGCUCAAAGGAGACCAUGUUGAGGUUAACAAGAAAUCCUUCCCAAGAGAAUGAUGUCUAUCGCUGUAUUGAUUCUUCAAUUUCCCAUCAUGAAUUCUACUUUGAAGAGAACAAGAAAACUUUAGGAAAAGUCCUCUCCAGCCUACCCAGUGCAAACUUGAAAAGAAAAUUUUCUACUGAUGUGGGAGACUUACAGAAUCUGGAUGUCCCGAGCAAAAUCCCCAGAAAAGAUGGAGAUGCUACUUGUGGAAACUCAGCUUCUCUUCCCAUAAAAGAGAUUCCUACAAAUCUUAUGGAUGCAUCUGACUUUGAGUGUUCCCUUUGUAUGAGGUUAUUCUAUGAGCCUGUCACUACUCCUUGUGGACAUACGUUCUGCCUCAAAUGCCUUGAACGUUGUCUGGAUCAUAAUCCCCACUGUCCGCUUUGUAAAGAAAAGCUCUCAGAUUUUUUGGCAAAUCGAACUUACAAAAAGACCAUCCUUACUGAAGAAUUAAUAGUUCGCUACUUUCCAGAAGAAUUAUCUGAAAGGAAAAAGGUUUAUGAAGAAGAAAUGAAGGAAUUAUCAAAUCUGAAUAAAGAUGUUCCCAUUUUUGUAUGCACUAUGGCUUUCCCUACCAUUCCUUGUCCUCUUCAUGUCUUUGAGCCCCGUUAUCGAUUAAUGAUAAGAAGAUGCAUGGAAACAGGCACUAAACAAUUUGGCAUGUGUUUAACUGAUGAACUGAAAGGGUUUGCAGAUUAUGGCUGCAUGUUGGAAAUCAGGGAUGUGAAGUUUUUCCCUGAUGGACGCUCAGUUGUUGAUACAGUUGGUGUUCGGCGUUUUAGGGUCUUAUGCCAUGGUCAGCGAGAUGGAUAUAAUACUGCAAAUAUUGAAUAUUUGGAAGAUGAAAAGGUUGAAGGGGCAGAGUACGAAGAGCUGGUCCGCAUUCAUGAUUCCGUUUACGAUCAAGCUGUAUCCUGGUUUACUUCUCUUAAAGACAAUAUGAAAGCACAAAUUUUAAACCAUUUUGGACCAAUGCCAGGGAAAGAACAUGAGCCGCAGAGUAAUCCCAGUGGUCCAUCUUGGUACUGGUGGCUGUUGGCAGUAUUACCACUAGAGAACAGAGCCCAAUUGGCCAUUCUUGCUAUGACUUCACUUAAAGAUCGUCUCAUUGCCAUUCGUCGUGUAUUAAUAUUUGUGACCCGCAAAAGACCCAGAUGACACAGUCUUAUUUGUGAAGACACACUGAAAAAUUCUAAUAAGAAAACAGUUGGUAAUUGAACAGUUCUUCCCUCUGCUCAUUUAAGCAUUCAUUCUUCUUUGCACACGCUGGACCCAAUAGUUAAUCAAGUAUUCUGUGCCUCUUGUCCUGGAAUAAUCUGAGCCUCUUGGAAGUUGUGCCACAACAGAGCAUACAGUAGUUGCAGGCAUCAACUGAGUACAUAAUCACCAUCUACUUAUCAUAAUGAGACAAUUGAGUCAGAAGUACUAAAAUGUCUACAAAUCCCCAGUUGACAUUUUUAUUUCUUUGUUGAAACAGACUUGGAGUAGUGGAUUAGAAACUGAGAAUAUGCAUUGUUAGAAUUGUCCUUGCGAUAGCCAGUUGAAAAGAAAUUCUCAAAUGUUCCUCUGGAAGAAAGCACCAACAGCAACUUUUUAUCUGCAACGUGGACUAAAGUAUCGGACAUAAAUGGGAUUGCCAGGAUAAAAUAUUCCACUUCCAAAGAACACUGUCCAAAACAGUAUCUGAUGAAAUAGCUUUGUGGCUGGUUAUAAGCCAAUUCCUUGUGUUUGUAAUUUGCAUGCUAUAUGUAUUGAGAAAAAUGUUUCAUAAUAUAUCUAAGAAGACUGAGUCAUUCUUCCUCCCAAGCCCACUUUCCUUCAGAAUGACAUCAGGAAUCUACAAUAAGGAGUUACCUGUGGACAGCCUUGUAGUUGGGACAUGGAACUAACCGCCUCCCAAGUGGACAUAACUGUGUCUUAGGGAAAGCUUCUCUCUGCCAUUAAAUACUUGAGAUUGCAAAGCUCCGUGGCUGGAUCAUGGCCAGCAUAUUUAGUGUAUAUCUACACUGUUAAUUUCAAGCUCUUCAGCGAUCAUCUUAACUAAAGGCUGUUGAAAAAUCGAAUCACCAUUUCAAUUUUAUCCUUCUAGUUUUGUCUGGAAGUAACACUUAAGUAAAAUCCAUCUUUACUCACAACUGCCAUACCAGCCUAAUAGGUUCUUCUAAGAAAACAUAAUUACAUAUACUUUUGAAAACCAAAACCUUAAUAUUACUUGUUAUGUACCGAAUACUGUUCGUGCUUGAAGUUCUUGCUGACAUGAAAGGAGACACAAAUGAAAUCCUGUACUGCAAAUUUCAAUGCAAGUUUAAAUUAGAUGUAAAUAUAUCUGUAUUUUGAUGUCUUCAUAUGUGUGAUUAACUUUUU